CGUCCGCAGGCCUGUUGGAGGAGGGGAGGAGGAGGAGGAGGAGGUGAGGGUCUAAGUUUAGGAAGCAGAGUCAGAGGGGCCUCGGUCAGCUUCAGAGGAGCAGCUUUAUUGAGCCCGAGUGGUGAUAAGGAGGGAUCCUGGUUGCCAUGGAGUCAGCCAAUGAAAACAAGGAGCGCAGCGAUCAGACGCCACCUGAUGGAGGUGAAGAGCAGGAGGAGGAGGAGAAGGUCAGAGGAGUUCAGGCUCAUUACCUGCGUUGCCCGUCUCCCAGCUUCUCCAUGGCCUCAGACUCAAGGUUUUCCAUGAUCUCUGGCUCUGACGCUGCCAGCAUCUUCAUGGAGCCGAUCCAUCUCUCUUCGGCCAUCGCUGCCAAGAAAAUCAUCAACGAAGAGCUGCCACCUCGAGCCAUCCGGACCGAGUCCAUCCCAGAGUCUAUGCUGGAGUCCGCCGAGCAGCUGAUGGUGGAGGACCUCUACAACCGAGUACGGGACAUCAUUGAUGACCGCAGCCCCUACAACACCCCCUGUGUGCUGGACAUCCAGAGGGCCAUGAUCCAGGACCGCCUGGAAGCUCCCAUCAACCCCGUGGACGAGGUGUGGCCCAACAUCUACAUCGCUGAGAAAUCCAUUGCAGUCAACAAGGCCCGUCUGAAAAGAAUGGGCAUCACACACGUCCUGAACACCGCUCACGGCACGGGGGUCUACACCAACGAGUCCUUCUACGUCGGCAUGAACAUCCAGUACAAGGGAAUCGAGGUGGACGACUUCCCUGAUGCGGAUAUCGCGAUUCACUUUCGACCCACUGCUGAAUUCCUGGACGAGGUUCUGCUCACUCACAAAGGAAAAGUUCUGGUUGUUUCCAUGAUGGGCAUCAGUCGGUCUGCCAUUCUUGUGGCGUCCUACCUGAUGAUCUUCCAGAAUAUGACAAUCAUGGAAGCUCUGACUGCCAUACGGAAAAAACGUGCCAUCAACCCCAACGAAGGCUUCCUGAAGCAGCUGAGGGAGUUUAACGAGAACCUGAUGGAGGAACGUGACGACGAUGAUGAAACGCUCAGCCAGUGCUCUGUGAUUGACACUCGUACCCGUGCCCGGAUCUUUGGUGAAGAAGAAGGAGACGACGAUGACGAGACAGAUAAAGAGGAAGAACAAAACAUGGUGGAGGUGAAAGCUCAGUCCAUCAUGAUGGAGGAGGAGGAGGAUGGAGAGAGUGUGAUGAGCAGCAUUGCUUCUUCUGCAGCGGCUGCAGUACUCCGUAGUGGACUGAUCCAGAAUGGGAUUCAGACCCAGCAAUCAGGUCAACAGGAGAUGGUCCUGCCAGGUCAGAUGGACAGGAAGGAUAAAGGUGAUGAUGAUGACGAUGGUUUGGACAGCAUGAUCCGCGAGUGGCAGCGCAGAAAUGAAAAGUACCAGAGUGAUGAGUGGUGGGAGGCCCAACUCAACAGUGAGGGGGAGGACAGGGCCUCUGUCAUUGCCAGUCAUUCGAAGAAAACAAAGCAGGAAGAUGACGAUGGAGAGAGCAUCUCUAGUGAGGACAUACAAGCUGUAAAAGAGAGGUUAAAGCACAGAAACAAGAGAGCAUCCUCAGACGCAAUGUCCACCUCCAGCUGCACAAGUUACUCUGAUCUUUGGAAGCAACGUCUAAAAGAGAUUGAAGAACAAGCCGCAGCUCGCUACCGCAAGAAAGAGGAUGACGAAGGUAGUGAGAGCACAGCCACAGAAGGAGGAAACAAGAACAUUGAUGAUGAAAUUGACAGCAUCCUCUCUGACACAAGUUCCAUGUACAACUUUUGCCAGAAGAAUAAGGAGAAAAUGACGCCUUUGGAGCGUUGGCGUGUCAAAAGGAUCCAGUUUGGCUGGAACAAGAAAGACCGUGAGGAUGGAGACAAAAGUUCAGUAGCUGAUGGUGAGGAGGAAUCUAAAACUCCAUCCUUCCAGGAUGUCAAUCUGACAGCAUACCAGGCAUGGAAGCUACGGCAGCAGAAACGCCUUGGUGAGGAAAACACACAGGAGAUUCUGGAGCUAAGCCGGGGUGAGAACUCUGCUACCAUCAAACGACGGCAAAGACGCGAGGAGAUUCUGGAGCGUUCGAAGAAAACUUUGGAGGAAAGUCAGUCCAUGUGCGGGUGGGAAACAGAAAGCUGUGUCAGUGGUGGUACAAUACCUCUGUCUGCUUUCUGGGCUGGAGCAGGGGUCACUGGACCACCGAGUGUCGCCAACGAUGACAAUAUGUCCAUGCUGAGUGGUAGAUCAUCUGUCAUAUCCUCGGUUUCACAGCCUCGAAGUAUAAGAUCCACUCAGUCCGCUGUUCAAGGAGUGCCGCCAAUCCUCCCUGUUCCAACGGUACAAGGGCCUGGCGGUGAACCAAUGGUCAAUCUGGCCAGCAUACAGAACUGGAUUGCCAAUGUUGUGACUGAAACAAUCAAGCAGAAGCAAAGUGAAAUGAGCCUGCCUCCUCCGUCACGUGCUGGAUCUGAGCUCAGCUUCAGUGGAGCACCGAGUAUGCUUGCAGGCCGUGGUAUGGAAGACGACAAAACGUCCUUGUUAAGUGGUCCUUCCUACUCUAGCACUCUUUCGAAGGAUCAUGGCAGAGCAACAUCUGUCCUCUCAGCUGACAGGUCGACCAACAUCUCCGGUCUGAGUGGGCGACACUUAACUCCGGGUUCGGAGUUAGGCUCCACUUUGGGCUCCAGGAAAAACAAGAUCACCACUACCAGCGUUCCUCUUUUCAGCCUCUUUCAAGACCAGGUCAACCUUGGAAAACUGAAUGCCAUAGAGAAGGAAAUUCAAUCUGAAAUGAGGGACAAAAUGGAAACCUAUGAAAAGAAAAAGAUCCUGGAAGACAACAAACGCAGCACUCUGUACAAGAAAAAAAAGCCAAAGGAGGAUGAAGACGAGGAGCAGGACAGAAAGAGAAAAGAGGAGGAGUUUCUUGAAGAAACAAAGAAAAAAGAGAAACCGAAAAGAAAUUAUGGCCUUUCCGGCUGCCUUAAUCUCAACCCAGCUUUAGAGAAAGACAGGACCACCAGCAUUGAUGACUGGCUAAAAAGUGUAAGACCUCCUCCAAAGAAAUUGUCUUCAGGUGCAGAAGCUGAUGCAUCUCAGGAUCCAUACGAUGAUCUUGAAGCAUCUGCUUCUGAAUUUGACUUCUCGAGUCACAGAGGCUCCUAUGCUGUUGAAGAAGACGAUGAGGAAACAUUCGGUGUAACAUCCAGAUAUCAGUCAAGGUUCCGGGAAGAUCCAUCAGCUGAAGAUGCAGACUACUACCACAAUGGGUUCACGCAAUCCCACAGCUUCAGUCGAGUAGGAAGAUCCUAUGGAGCUUUUGAGGAGAGCGACGAGGGAACAGAAAGAUUUUCAACCAAAAGGAGAUUCACUCAUAAUUCACAGUACGAAAGCAGCGAGACAGAAGAGAUCAGAGGGAGGAGAGAGCAGACUAACGAAGAUGACGAGGAUGACAUCGAGACAUUCAUUGCUCAAACCAGGCAGAGGAUCAGGGCUCGGGCUGCCGCAGAGGCCGAGGACGAUGAAGUCCUGGCAGCAUGGAGGGCACAGCAGGAAGCCAAGUCCCAGCUUAGAACCUUAGAACAUCAAGAAUGAGAGCUUUAAUUUGAUAACGCGGCCGCUAAACACAACUGUUUGGUGUUUCUCAUCCCAACCAAGGCCAAGUCUGGGAUAAUGCAAACUUUCUUCUGUCGUUUGGACUGCUUUUCUGCAUCUGGAUAGCGUUUCUUUUUAUUGGUGUUUAAAAUCUGUCACCAUGUGCCACACAUGGGUAUUACAUCACUUGUUUAAUGUUUUGCUUUCUUAUACGAGCAGUAAUUUUUCUUUUAAAAACAAAGAGAAAAUAUAACUUUGAGAAUGUCUGGAGCAACGCUGGUCUACAACAGGAAACAUUAUUCCAAAUCUAUUAUUCUUCCCUUCAUGCAUUUAGAUUUUAACUAGGAGAAAAUCUUUACAGACGUUAUCAAUACAAUAAUUAUUAAUUAUUAGUAUUUUAUUUCUUCAUUUGCACCAGUGUGAAAUGUAAAACUGUUAUCAAAAGUGCAUAUGUUCUUCUAAUAAGGUGAAACUACUGAUGAAAAGGAAAAUUUUCCUUGGUUUUUACUGCUAUAAUUUAAUAAUUUUAAUAAAUGUUCUUACAAACA